UGUCGUGUGAUCUUCGCGUUUAGACAUUAGUGAAUGUAAUGGUAAAUAAAAUAUUUUACUCUAUUGGACAGUAGUUUAAUUGGUGCUUAAAUAUUAUUUUCUAUUCCAUAUUAAAAUCACGUGAACAAUAUUUAAAAACAAGUGGAGUGUUAAAGUAUGUAAAAUGUGUUUUGUGUAGUGAUAACGUCAAGCUCAGCUGGUCCAACGAGCGGUAAAAUUUUUGCGACUUUUUCUUAAUCUCUGUAGCUCCUUUUCGCUCUAUUUCUUCAGCGAGAUUACACGUCCUCUACGCGCGCGGGAACUUGUGAUAUUUUUAGUUUAUUAGUCGCGUCGUAUGUUUUCAAUGUUUCGGUCGCAUAUUCUAUUAUAGGUAACCGAAUUAUACACGUUUUCAGUCAUGUAAUCAUGAUUCCGUAAGGAUAAAAAAGUUGAAAGUGAUAAAAGUGCAUCAAGAAUGAAUGAAAAUAAUGACCCGACUAUGGAAGCCGGAGGGGUUCCACCGGCGCCGUCGUCAGCCUCAUCUGAUACGGCUUCAACGAUAAGCACUGCUACGUCAACAAUGCCAAGAUCUGAAGCCUCACGACCGACAACAUUUUCGAAGCCAUCUGGUCUGAAACCACCGAGUAAAAUUGGCCGACUCUGCUCGAAUGCUGCACCUAAACCAGCAGUUCCUAUCUCACCGAGAGCUGACGGCAGCUCCUCCGACGCAAGAAAGUUUAGCGACGAUUCGUCAAGAAAACAUUUGUCAGAUUUAAUAGAAGUAGAGGAAGACGAAGUGACGAGCAGUCUGCCGGACAGACCCCGAAUGCAUCGGAAAGCCUCCACUAGUAGCAGGUCCAGUCUGACUUCGAUGGACGCGUUGUGGGAGAAACAUCCGCGCAGGCUCAGCGAGGCCGGCCUCAGACGGUCCUCAGAUCACAGCGUCGUUUUAACGGAAGAUACCGACAGUUUCAUUAUUGGGGAGCGAGUUUGGGUUGGAGGAACGAAACCAGGUCAAAUUGCGUAUAUCGGUGAAACACAAUUUGCUCCUGGUGACUGGGCGGGAAUUGUACUUGAUGACCCUAUUGGAAAAAAUGAUGGAUCUGUAGCUGGAGUUAGAUAUUUUCAAUGCCCAGAGAAGAGAGGGGUUUUUUCCCGUUUGACUCGAUUGACUCGUGAACCACUUGUAUCCCAUGCUCCACAUGACGCGUCACCUGUAUCGGACGCAGGAAGCGUUUUUGAAAGGCCACCAUCUGGUUCUGCUAGACAAAGGCGCGCCUUAUCACCCAAUGGCAGUAUUCGAAGCAUCGUCAGCAGUAAGAUGAAUGCUUCAAUUUCUACCACUACGGGUGGUGAUUUACGUAUGGGUGAUCGCGUUAUUGUGUCUAGUAGCCGUGGUAGCAAGGCUGGCACUCUUCGCUAUGUGGGUGUUACCGAUUUUGCUACCGGCGUAUGGGCCGGCGUUGAACUCGAUGAUCCUAUUGGAAAGAACGAUGGAUCUGUAGAUGGGAAGAGAUAUUUCGAGUGCGCACCACGUUUUGGUUUAUUCGCUCCUAUAUCGAAGGUUUCUCGGUCUCCGUCCAACCGCAAGCCUGGCGCGUGCGCGAUCCAUAGCAACGGUCGCGCUACUCCAUUGCGGCGUUCCAACUCCCGCGACUCGCUCACGUCUCUCGGCACGUCGAUCGCGUCGUCCCGCGCAGGGGUGAGACUGGGGGUGACGUCGCUGGGUUCUCAGCGUGUCGGAGCUCCGCGAGCCUCUUCCACCCCGGUCUCCGCUAAGAACGCCCUGCAGGAACUGCUGCGUGAAAAGCAACAUCAUUUGGAGCGGCUUAUGCGUGAGAGAGAGUUGGAAAGAGCUGAGGUGGCGAAAGCGUCCCUACAGGCUGAUCGUGCGGAAAACGCGCUUGCUUUGGUACAGAAGGAGGCUUCGCAGGCAAAUUCUGAGAACGCGAAACUCAGAGCUGAGCUCGAAAAGUUGAAUAAGUUGUUAGAAGAUGAAAAACAGAAAGUUGAAGAUCUUAUGUUUAGAAAUGAAGAAGAAAAUAUUAACAAAGAAGACUAUUAUAAAUAUAAAGAAGCGAUGGAGCGGGAGAGACUAUCUCGGGAGAAGCAUAUUCGUGAAUUGGAAGCUGAAAUUGCAUUACAAGCGGCUCGCGCUGAAACCACGGCGAGCGCCCUUCAAGCGCUUGAAGAACAACGAACUGCUGAAAUGACAGCCAUAGCAGAACAACACAAAGAAGAAUUGGCGGCGGCACAAACGUUGUCCACAGAAUUACAAAAUCUUCUAGACGAAGCAUAUGCACUGUUAAAGGAAAAAGAGAACGAAAAAGAUUCUCUGGGCAAAAGCAUGUCGGAAGAAUUAUCCAAAGUUAAAUCUGAAUCGGAGAAGGCUCUGCUCGAAGCUAAAACCAAAAUGGCUAUUUCACAAACCGAGUUUGAUACUCAACUAUCAGUUUUAACGUCCAAAUUACAGCUUGUAGAAUCAAAGCUGGAGACUGAAAAACAAAACGUAGAACGUUUAAAUAAAGAUAAUAGUCAAAUAAUUACUGAUUUAAAUACUAAGUUGACACAGCUUCAAGCUACAGUAGAUGAUAAAACAUUAGAAUUAAACAAGGUACUUGGUGCUAGUAAAGAACAUGAAGUCAACUUAAACAAAGAAAUAAGUAAGUUAAAAAUGGAACUUAGCGCUAAGGUAUUAGAUAUUGAACAGUUGCAAGAUGCAAAAGCUAAACAAGAUGCCCAGUGCAAAUCAUUGCAAGAAGAAAUUGAACGCGUAAAAGAUGAAUUAAAUACUAAAAUAACAGAAUACGAAAGUGUACUUAAUGAAGCUUCACAACAAGAAGAAAAAAGUAAACUAGAGAUUUUAAGAUUACAACAAGAUUUGAGUGCCAAAAUAAAGGAUUAUGAUAAACUACUUAAUGAAUCAAAUAUUGCAAAUGAAACAAAGGAAAAAGUAAUGAAUGAAUAUAAACAAACAAUUCAUGAACGUGACAAGGAAGUUAUCAGACUAAAAGGAGACUAUGAAGAAGCAACGGCUAAUUUCAAUAUUAAACAUAGCAAAAUUGCUGAAGAACACAAGAAAGAAAUAGAAGAUCGUAAUUUAAGAAUAGAGCAGCUAACCAAAGAAAUUGAGAGCCACAAGCAAAUAUUGGAGAAAAACAAAGUAGAAAUUGAUAGCUUAACCACGCAAUUUAACAUGAACACAGACGAAUUAAAGGCAUUGAAAGAAGAAAAUGUUAGGCUUAAACAAAGCCUAAACGAGUUGACAGAAAUUAAUACCAACUUGAAAAACAAAAUAUCAUCAAUGGAACUCGAAAUUGGUGAACUAAACCGUCAGUUAGAAAGUACGAAAGAGAAAUGUGAAGAAUUGCAAAAAUCGAAAGAAAAAGUUGAAAAUGAGUAUAUGAAUCUGACUGGACAAACAACAGAUUCCAAUGAGCAGUUUAAUAAACUAUCUCAACACUUAAAAGAUACUGAAAAAGAACUUCAGGACCUUAAGGAUAAGCAUAGAGAAACAGCUAAUAAUUACGGCAGAGUAGAACAAGAGCUGAAACAAAAAAUAUUUAAAAUACAAGAAGACUUUUCAAUUGAACGUACAGAAUUAAUACGAUCUAUUGACGAAAAUGUUGAAAAGCAUAAAAUUGCUGAACAAAAAUUACAGGAAAUAGAACAACGGGUGUUGCAAGUAAAUAAUCGUCUUAAAGAACUUGAAACUGAAAACGAUAAACUCUUGGAUGAAAAUACAAUUUUGAAACAGGAAAUUGAAAGUCUUAAAAUAAAAGAACAAGAAAUGAUUCAUGAAUUUGACGCAACUCGGAAGAAACUUGAAGUAGAUACAGAUAAGUAUAAGGAAGAGAUUGCACUUUUGAAAGCAGAAGGUGCUUCAUCAGAAGUGAAAUUGAUUGAAAAAGUAGAUCAGCUUACCGAUGCGCAAAAUGACCUGAAUAAUAAAUUAGAAGAAGCCAGAAAACACGAGGACUCCCUGCAAAAAAUUUUGGAUGACAUGACUUUGCAAAUAAACAAUGAAAAGAUUCAACAUGAAAAAGAAAGAGAUCAAAUUUUAAAUCAGUUAGCACAUAUUAAUACACAGGCUGGUGUCCAGAAAAAUGAAGAGAUAGAAUUAAAGAAAACAUUAGAAGUCAAAGAAAAUGAUAUCAAAGAGCUAAAACUGAAAUUAGAAAUGCUUGAGAUAGAUUUGAAAUCAAACGAAGAAAUUGUAGUAGAAAAAGAUCGUCAAAUGGCUCAAAUAAGUGAGGAACUUACAAAGAUGACUGACAAUAAAAAUAAAAUUGAAGAGCAAUUAAAUAUUGUUCUCACAGAGUCGACGACACUGAAGCAGAAAUAUGAAAGCCUUCUUAAAAAUUCUUCAACGGAAGAAUCUUUGUUGAAGGAACAACACGGGCAGUUGGAGACAUUGAAAAUUGAAAUGGCAACUAUGGUUGCAGAGAAGUGUAAUUUGGAGGCCAAGUACAAUGAAACAAUAUCAGAAAUCAGCAAGCUUAAGGAGAAUUUAGAUCAAUUGGAAGUAAAUUUAAAGCAAACAACAGAAAUCAACACUGAACUUACAAAGCGAGUCGAAGAAAAAGAUAACCUUUUAAAAACGCAGAGUCAAAAAAUUGAACAGAAUUCCAUUCAAAUGAAAUCUGUAGAUGAAGAAAUCCAAAAUCUUAAAAAUGAACUCAAUGGUAAGAUUACUGCUCUCCAUGAAAAGGAAGAACAACUCAAUAAAUUAAACGAAAUUGUAAAAGAAGGAUCUAAUGACUCAAAACAAGCUAUCGAAGUUUUGGAGAGUGAAACUACAGAACUAAAACGGAAACAUCUUAAUGAGGUAGAAUCUCUUAAUAAUACUAUUAAAACAUUACAAAACAGUCUAUCGGAGCAAGAAAAGCAAGUAAUAGAGUUAUUGCAAUCAAAAGAAAAGUUAAAUGAAUUACAAACAAUGCUUGCAAAGUCUGAUAAUGACAUUAAACAAUUAACGAAUAUUAAUGAAGCUCAAAAAUUAAACUAUGAAGACCUUAACAAACAACUUCAAACGCAGUUUGAUGAAUACAAAAAAGAAAGCAAAUUAUUAAGACACGAUCUUAAGGCUAAAGUAAGCAAUUAUGAAAAAGAACUUGAAGAUUCAAGGAAGAAAAUAUCGACGGAAAUAGAAACACAAAAUCAGCUGCAAACAAAACUGUCGGACGCAGAUAAGGCUAUAUUAGAAUUAAAGGAGAAGUUAGAAUUACUCUCGGUACAACAAAUUAAUGUCGGUGAAAAGGACGAGCGAUUAGAAAAACUUACAUUGGAACUACAGGCAACAAGAAACUCCAAUGCUGAAGCUUUGCAACAUAUGGAAAAAACCUUACAUUCACUGCGAGUAGAUAUCGAACAGAAGAUGGCACUGGUGAAGGAAAAAGAUAGUAUUAUUGUUCGGUUACAAGAAGAUCUCAAGAACUUUAAGUCGAAACUAGAAAUUUCUGAACGAGAAAAGGUUCUUUUACAAAAGGAUAUUUCUAAACGAAAUAGUGAAAUACGAGAUAAAAACGACAAUAAUGCGAUGGGAACAUUGGGACAAGGGGAUACUGCGCCUGCUCGGUCAGAAGAAGAUAAGGAUAUGUUGGACGGUCAAGUGAACUUUUUGAAUUCGGUGAUCGUAGAUAUGCAAAAAAAGAAUGAACAGUUAAUGGCGAGAGUUCAGGCGCUGGAAGGAGGCAACAUUACUGCUGAGCCUACACUUUUCAACGGUCGCAAAGCGCGCGCAGUGGCGCCGCGUUUGUUCUGCGACAUCUGCGACGUGUUCGACGCGCACGACACGGAGGACUGCCCCAAGCAGGCGCUGCCCGACACGCGCGAGCCGCACGAGGGCAAGAAGCAGCCGCCGCCGCCCAGGCCCUACUGCGAUAUAUGUGAAGUGUUCGGGCACGCUACGGAAAACUGUGAUGAAGAAGAGACCUUCUAAACUUAUUUAUUGCGUUUUAACUAUAAUGUUACCGUUGUUGCUGUUACUUGUUUCAUCUAGGUAUUAUUUAUUAUUGUUUACUAUGCGAAUAGUAUUUCUUGUUUAAUAUUUCUAGUGAAUGUUUGUACAUAAAGUCUCGAUCUUUUACUUUAAGUUUUAAUUAAAUAGCAUGUUUGUUUAGGUUUCGGAAGGUGGAUGUUUUUCUUAUACAUUGUCUAGAUAUAAUGUAUAAUGAGAAGACUGUAGGCACAAAUCAAUCAAUUUUCAUCACAAUCAUGAUUUUAAUUAUAUUUUUCUUUUUACACAAUUUGUCCAACAUUUAAACACCAAGAUUUUUAAUAAAAGAAAUUUA